AUGCCCCGCAAGUUCUACUCGACAAACCCUCUUCCUUUCUUCUGUUGGAUAUGUGGUGGACACCUCCACAGUGACGACGAUUGGCAGCUCGGGACUCCUCCUCUGCUUGUGUCCGAGAAGGAAGAAUGGCAGCAGAUAUGGAAGCAGCAUGCUCGAUGGAAAAGAACCCGGAAUAGACCCUUUGCCAUCCACCUGCCCGCCUCGGAGCUUUCCAUGGCCUUCCAGCAGCAGAAAGGCUGGUAUCACCUCUUCCGGAUGAUCUUGGAGAAAGCAGAUGAGAGUCCUUGCCGUCCAUCCUAUUCUCUGUCUGGAAUUGGCGACAUGGACGGCGCCCGAGCCCCUCACCGGUUGUUUUUCGUUCCUCUGGACCCGGAGAUGGCCUAUAUUGGCUGCCCUGGCCAUAAGACGGCCAGAAUUGCCGUUGUAGCUCGGAUUCCACACCCAUCUCGCGCGCAUGACAUCGAUGAUGACGAUGACGAUGAUGAUGAUGGUGAUGAUCCCGCUCUAAAAGGAUAUCUGCUGCAUGCUAGAUGCUGGGAUCUCCUGGAACGACAGCUUGGCUCGCGAGCAACUCAACAAUUAGAUUAUAUUCUUGCUGCUCUGAAGAAGUUCUGGAGCCAGGAGGGUGCCUUGGAGAUUCCUCGUCUCAUAUAUCAGGGUUUAAUAGACUUCACCGGGAAACCUAUAUUCAUGGAGAGCCAAAGGAGUGUGACUGGAGGUGUAAUUGUCCCCUAUCCCGGGAUUGACGAUCCUUUCCACAUUCCUGCAGUGAAUGAACUGUUGCAUCGGUCUCGUGUCAGGGGGGAAGAAGGACCAGUGACAGCAUUAUCAUCAUCAUCAUCAUCAUCAGUGACAGCUUAUCUGUCAACACGCCUCUCCCUUCCACUGGAGAUCAAAUAUGCCAUCUCUGACUAUCUGGAUGCCACCAGUGUGCGAAACAUGCUGCUUGCAUUUGGCGAGUCGCUGCCUGUUUCCUACUGGCUGCACCGUAUCCCCACCACCCUUUAUAUGGAGAUUCAAGACAAGGCAUUGACGGCUCCCGAGACCAUUGACUGGCCAUAUCUGACUAUGAUGGUCAAUGACAAGAAUAUCCUCGGUGAUUCUCUUGGUAUCUGGAACAGAUCCCGUAUCCUUGCUAUUCUAACUCAAGUCACCGAGUAUGUGAAUGAACUGGAUACCCUCAAUGGCAGAGCGAUAUAG